UAUAUUCAGUACACAAUUGCACGCCAUCAUGGAUUCACGAAUUGCAGUAGUCUGUGUUGUUUUGACGGUGUUCGCGGUGGACCGGACGGUCGGAGCGCCUCAAAAAGAUGCCGCAGUUGUGAAUGGUCCCGCAUAUACCACCAAAUACGACAAUAUUGAUAUCGACCAAGUUCUGGGAUCCAAACGAUUAGUAAACAGCUACGUCCAAUGUCUGUUGGACAAGAAACCGUGCACUCCAGAGGGAGCUGAACUUAGAAAAAUUUUACCCGAUGCCUUAAAAACACAAUGUACGAAAUGCAAUACCACACAAAAAAAUGCUGCUCUUAAAGUAGUUGACCGACUCCAAAGAGAUUAUGACAAAGAGUGGAAAAUGCUUCUUGACAAAUGGGACCCUAAACGUGAAUAUUUCCAGAAAUUCCAACAAUAUUUGGCAGAAGAGAAGAAAAAAGGUGUCGUUAAAUUUUAAAUACAAAUAUAAGUUUACCAAUAAUUAGUAGUUAAUAACAAUUUAGUUUAUCUUAAUACAUAUAACAUAGAUUAUUUAUUUUAAACAUUAGAAUGCAGUACCUACAUGCAAUAUGUAUCAAAUGUAUACAGAAAUAAUAAAAAUAUCAUAACUUAUUUAUGUACCUAUA